AUGAAGGGGUCUAAGACUACGACCGGAUUGCAAAAAGGCGAUACUAGAACGGCUGUUAUCAUCUAUGGUCCCGGCCAGGAGCGCAUAGUAUCAGUUUUCGCAGACGUCUUAGGGAAACCGUAUCGCAUGGCCGACAGCUUUCAGGGCAUAACUUCUAUAGAGCAAGAAUUGGUACUUGGAAUAUCAUCAGGGAGCGCCAAGAUUGAUAUUUCUUCGCGAAAUCGAGAUGCGGUUGUUGCGAUUAAUGCUCACUGCGUCAAUCUCGGGAUGCCUCCGGACACUUAUAUAUCUGCGCAGUGCGACUACGAGUUCUUGUAUCCCGAAGCGUCAUUCUCACGUCGAGACCUAGCCCGCUUUAUUUCCUUCACCCUCGGUCAGAUUAACCACCAUGACGCAUUAAUGUCAAAGCCGCGCACUUAUUUCAUUUCGACCACAUUUCCUGAUGUUCGGGCAGCCCUUCCUAACAUAGAUAUUCUCACAGUUGGUGCUGACGCUGUAGAACUACGUGUCGAUCUCCUCAAAGAACCUUUAAAUGAUGGUAGUUUUGCGCCGAUACCUAGUCUAAGUUACGUUGGGGAACAAGUUAUGCUGUUGCGCCAGAGGACAGAAUUGCCCAUCAUUUUCACGACAAGAUGUACGAAGGAGAACGGUCGGUUUCCGAUGGAUAAUCCCGACUUGUAUUACGAAUACCUCUUCCGGGCUAUCCAGUGGGGUGUCGAAUAUAUCGAUGUCGAGCUUUGGCUUCCGGAACAUAUCCGUCGGAGGCUGUACGAAAAACGCGGGAGCAGUCGUAUUAUGUCUGCGUUCCACGACUUUUCUGGCACAUUCAGAUGGCCUUCGGCCCAAGCAGAGUCUAUCUUCCUCGAGUCUCGAAAAUUUGCUGAUAUCAUAAAAAUGAUAUCAAUAAUCAACGAUCACAACGAAAAUUUCGAGUUGGAAUACUUCCGCUCGAAAAUUCGAGGCGAAUAUCCAGACUCGCCCCCCCUUUCAGCCGUCAAUAUGGGUGAAACUGGUCAGUUCUCGAGAACUCUAAACAAGGUCUUCACACCUAUCACCCACCCUCUUCUUCCGAUAAUUGCAGCGCCAGGUCAGAUGAGUGCUGCUGAGAUUAACGCCGCACUGUCAUUGCUUGGCCAACUUCCAAAGAAGAGUCUCUACGGAAUUAGUAGCCCAUUCUCCCGUAUUGCGACUCCUCACGCGCCCUUCUACGAGAAGUGUUUCAACGAGCUUGGCUUACCACACCAAUUUGCUGUUGUCGAAAGACACCUUAAGGGACCUACCUGCGUGGAGGCGUUGUGCAAUCAAAAAUCCUUCGGCGGGGCAUAUUUGAGUCCGCCAGUAUCUUUGGCAAGUCUCAUGUAUGAGAGCUCUUUCUUUGCGAGACUCAAUAAUGGAUUGGGCCCAUCACUCACUGAAGCUGCUCGUACGAUUGGUAUGGUUGAUACCAUCGUUGUUCAAUCUCGGUCGUCUCCACCAUCCUCAGCACCUCCCGCCACUCCUUCAGGUUCUGACCGGAGUGUUGACACGUCCCUAAACUUUGGCAUCGGCAAUUGUAACGGGCUACCACCAAGCUCGACACUAAUUUUUGAUAACGCAAAUUGGCGUGGCAUCGUCAGUACUCUGACGCGUGAUCUUGCGCCCUCAGCUUACUCUGGUCGUGCGGCAGUUGUCCUGGCAGCAAAUUCCGACGAUGCAGCGUCAGCUAUGUACGCAUUGAAAGCGCUUCGAAUUGGUAAGGUAUAUACUGUUGGUUUCAAGACACCCCCUAGUCUAGCCCGCGGCCUCGAAGUCGAGCCCUUCAACAGUUUAGAGAGUCUCCAAAGAGCGAGGAUGGUGCGUGAUAAGGCUAGCCCUUUCGUAAUCAUCUCUGCUCUGGGACCCGAGAAAUCCAAUAUCGUCGGGAUGCUUGUGCGUGUGUUUGGAGGCUCAAGAGGCUCGUCCACGCAGAUUCGCAAGGUAUUCCUGGACCUGGCCGAUGGACCGAGGAAAGGAGACCCAAGCGCGGUUGCUGAACAGAGUGGCUUCGCCGCGUACGGCGUAGCAGAUACGACAGCAUUCACAACCGUAGAAACUCUUAGGUUGCUCGUCGGGCAAAAUGUACCCUACAGCUUUGUGCGGCUUGCGGGCGGCCAGGGAAUGUUUUAA